AUGACGAACAUAUGGCGGACUACUAAAGUGAAAAACAAGAACGUAAUUUUCGUUCUCACCCUGAUAGCCUGUGCAUUUGAUAUCAUCAAUGUCACGGCAGCAAUUCUUAGUAUCAAUAGCAUAUCGAAUAAAUUCGAAGUUGAUUCGUCCCUUGCUUCAUGGACACUUUCCUCUUACGCUGUGACUUUUUCGGGCUUCAUUGCCUUUUUAGGAAGAGUUGGUGACAUAGUGGGGCCGACCAGGUUAUUAUCGACAUCGUCACUUAUAUUUGCGGUUACGUCUCUUCUUUGUGCUGUGGUCAACAAUAUUUAUGCACUCAUUGUAUUACGUGCGCUUCAAGGAGUUGCUGCUGCUGGUGUAGUACCUUCAGGUUAUGCUGUGAUAUCUCAUACAUUUAGUGGGAAACACCAGCAUACAGCCUUAGCACUUUUAGCCAGCGUUUUCAGUGUGAGUUUUGGAAUUGGGUUCAUAAUUGGCGGAGCAUUUGAAGAAACCCAUAUUGGAUAUAAGGGAACUUUUUUCUUCUCAUUUGGUGUGGUCUUGCUAGUCGGUGUCAUCUCGAUUCUAUUUGAGCAGGUUGAACGAAGCGGAAAUUCAAUUGCCUCCCUAGACUUCACUGGAUGUCUUCUUUUUGUUUUGGGGGCAGUUCUUCUUGUAGUUGGGCUUACUGAAGGUGGAGAAAGUUGGACAAGUGCUGCUGCAAUCUGUCCGCUAAUUAUGGGUAUUUUGCUAUUGAUCAUUUUCUUCCUUUGGAAUGGAGUCAUUGCGGAGUCUGAGAUAAUCCAAAGAAGGUUCCCAGUUAUGAAAAAGACUUCUUUGCUUAUCCCAAAAGAAGUCUGGGCUACCAAGAACUCAGUCCCAAUUUUGACAGCCUUGUUGAUUAAUUAUAUCGCGGUUUUCGGAUUGUUGUUAGUUGUUGGCCAGUACUUCCAGCUAAUUGAAGAAAAUUCUCCACUCAUCACCAGCUUGAAAAUGCUACCACUGGUUAUUAGCAUGAUAUUCGGUACAGCAUUUUUAUCUUUACGUUCUGGGAUUUUGAAUGAACGUCAAGCAUUUAUGUUGGGCUUUGUGCUCAUGACUUUGGGUUGCGGGGUCUUCGUUGCACUAACUAGUGUUGAUGAGCCAUUCUGGAAAAUAGUUCUUGUUGCUGAGUUACUUACUCAUGGAGGAAGUACGUUUUUCUUUGUUUUCAGCUUGACAUACUUGAUUGGAAAUGCACCCCCUUCUGUAAAGGGAGUAAUUUCAGGAGUAUCACAAACCUUUGCUCAACUUGGCUCAGCUUUGGCCUUUUCCAUAAUAGCUUCCAUUAUGGGGAACACAAGACACGAAAGUAAAGGUGUUCUAAACAAGAAAAUAAGGAACACAACUUAUUUUUUGGUGGCUUCUGUUGCACUUGGAAUGAUCUUAAUUUUAUUGGUUGUACUUAGGGAAAGCUUCACCAUUAAUCAAGAUGAAGAACUUUCCCAGGAAGACUGCUCAAUUGAAGCCAAACUGGACCAGAAAUCAACCUCAUGA